UUUUGUGAUUGAUUGAUUAUCGGGCUUUCUCUCCCAAAAUUUAAUUAUAAAUAUUUAUUUAUGUUCGUGUAAAAGUUAAAAAACGUUGUUAUGGAAACGUUUCACAUUUUAAAUGACGUUAUAUUCAAUCAUUAUUUUUUAAUUGGCGGUUUAUUCUUGACUUAUUUGGUUUACCGAAUACUUCACGCACUUUUCGGUGAUAAUAAUUACUUACAAAGCAAAUACAGGUCUCGAGGUCAUACGUGGAGAAGCAUACAAUGUAACAAGUCCAUUCCUUAUAACAUUUAUUGUACGGUAUGUGGUAAGUUGAUGCUGCCUCUAGUAGGACUGUUUUGCGAGUGCUGCGGCGUGAGCGCGUGCAAGAGAUGUCGCCGCGUUGUUGAUAAAAAGUUUAGGUGUAAACAAUUUACUUGGCCAGUUGACAAACAGUUCCACCAUCAUUGGGUUCACAUUGGUAAUAGCAGAGCAGAACAUUCCGACAACAAUGAUGACACCAUCCGAAAAUAUUAUUGCUGCUGGUGCCAAAGGACAAAGCUAUGCCAUGAUAGUGCUUUCAACGACUCUGAGCAAUGUGAUUUCCAGAAGUAUCGUAACAUAAUGAUUCCACCAGCUUGUGUGCAAGUUGAGAACGGAGUAGUAACAGGCAUAAAGCCGCCUACAUUUCCAGAUUGGGAGCCGCUCUUCAUUUUUGCUAAUCGUAAAUCUGGCAGCAAUAGAAGUGAUGAAGUGCUGUCACUUUUUAGAGGGCUGUUAAAUCCCAUUCAGGUAGUGGACAUGGCCGACACCGCGCCGGAGAGCGUGGUGCGGUGGAUGCCGCCGCGGGCGCGAGUCCUCGUGGCCGGCGGCGACGGCACCGUCGCCUGGGCGCUCAACGUGCUACAUGCGGCGCCGCAUGUCAAGGCAUCAGUGGCUAUAUUGCCAAUGGGCACCGGUAAUGACCUCUCCCGGGUGCUGGGUUGGGGCGCCGGGCUCGCCUCGCAUUUAGACGCGCAGGCCAUCAUCAACGACGUACAACACGCUGAAGAACAGCUCUUAGACAGGUGGAAGAUCACAAUAAAACCCACACUCGGACGCUUACGCGGUCGAGGCCGCGAGCGCGUCAUGUACGCAUACAACUACGCGAGCAUCGGUGUGGACGCGCAGGUCGCGCUGGACUUCCACCGCGCUCGCUCGCAGUUCCUCUACAGAUACGGCAGCCGGAUGCUCAACUACAUGGCGUACGUGUUAAUGGGCGCCGGGCGCGCGAUAGACAGCAGAUGCGACGGGCUGGAGCGGCGCCUGCGCGUGCGCGCGGACGCGCUUGAGCCGAUCCCGCUGCCGCCCAUACAGGCGCUCGUGCUGCUCAACAUCCCCUCCUGGGGCGCCGGCGUGCAGCUCUGGAAUAUGGGAAAUGAAGGAGAUGUGGAAGAACAAAGUAUUAGCGAUGGAAAAAUUGAGGUUGUUGGCAUAUCGUCGUCAUUCCACAUAGCGAGGCUGCAGUGCGGGCUAGCGGAGCCCUAUCGCUUUGCACAAGCUUCGCAAAUAAAGAUCGAGUUGGAGGGGUGUUGCGCGAUGCAGGUGGACGGGGAGCCCUGGGUGCAGCGCUCCGCCACCGUGCUCGUGGAGCCGGCCGGCCAGGGCCGCGUGCUGCGCAAGAACCAGCCCGAGUAG